GUCUCCAUCUUUUUCAUUCAUUUCUGUGAUCACAAGUUUCAAUCCCCCUAUAAAAUUUUAGAGGUCAUAACAAAGGAAACCUCUGUGUAUCUUGUAUAUUAUUUUCAAGAAAAUGGCUGAUAUUUUGAGUAAAACCAAUGUUUUCUCUAGCAAUUUUCACCACCAAAAUCAUAAAAUACGUACAUGGGACUCUGUUUCUGGUGAAAACAAAUCUGCCCAUGUUUCUUUUAAACCUUUUAAUGUUAGAUCAUCAUCUCGUUCUUCUUUUUCGAAUUUUUCGGUUCGUAAAGUUGUCGCUGGGAGACCAAAUGCUCUGAAAGCUGCAGCUGGUGCCUGUAAUUCUAAGAUGAGCAUUGGACUGAAAAAAGCUCCAGGUUGGUGGGAGAAAGGGCUCAAAACAAAUAUGAAAGAGGUUGAGGGCCCAAAUGACCUCGUAGAGUCUUUGUUGAACGCGGGAGAUCAGUUGGUUGUUGUUGCUUUCUUCUCCCCUGGUUGUGGAGGCUGCAGAGCACUUCAUCCCAAGAUAUGUCAGUUGGCAGAGAUGAAUCCGGAUGUACAGUUUCUGCAAGUAAAUUAUGAAGAGCACAAAUCCAUGUGUUAUUCACUAAAUGUCCAUGUUCUCCCUUUCUUUCGCUUCUACAGAGGGGCUCAUGGUCGUCUUUGCAGCUUUAGCUGUACCAAUGCCACGAUCAAGAAAUUCAAGGACGCAUUAGCAAAGCACAGUCCAGACAGAUGCAGCCUAGGUCCAACGAAAGGUCUAGAGGAGAAAGAGCUGGCUGCACUUGCUGCAAACAAAGAUCUCUCGUUCACAUAUAAACAAAAAACGGAGCAACCGAUGGAUGUUCCUGGUCAAGAGAAGAUAUUAACAGCAUCAGCAUCAGUAUCUAAUAUAAAUUCCUAUCCCCCUCUUCCUCUUCCCCGUCCUCUGCAAUCAAAUACAACAUCCAACGCCAUCAAAGACACGGACAAUAACACAUUGAUCACGUCGGGAAGAUGAUAAAGAAAAUUUUCAUUCAAUCCACCUCUAUCCGUGUACAGUAAAUAUUUUGGUUCGAGUUGUGUUCGUGUAAAUUGUGUGGUAGACUCAACUCAGAACAACAUUAGACAAUGUCUAAAGUGAGUUGCAGGCUUCGAGAUCUCUUUGCUUUUAUCUAACCUGAUCCAGGCCAGCAAACAUGAGGGUUGAAAAGUGGAUCACGGGCGCCCAUAUUUGAGGCAAUUAAUAUCUUCGUGUCUAUAUUAUAUUGUGGGAAUAUUGGAGGUCACGGAGUGGGGAACUUGAGACCUCCGUCAAAUCUGAUCUCCUAUACCAUGUUGAGAACCGGUUCAUCUAAGAUUGAGGAAGCCCCACAUAUAGUGAGAAUCAUUUCUUUAGUAGUGUAUUGGUCUCCUGCAGAAGGACAGAUAUCCUUUCACUUGUAAUAAAUUAAAUAUUUCUCUA